AUGCCUUUACGUGCCAUGGUGGGGAAAAAUCGGUAUGUAGUCCAAGGUUAUAGUACGGUGCGUUCCGCGGCGGUGGUGGUGGCGGCGGCAGCGACGGAGUGCGGGAAUGCGGCGGCCGACCGCCCGAGCCGCAGUGUGACGCGGCCCGCUAACCGCCCGCCCCGUGCCGCCCAACGCGACGCUUCAAACCAAAGCGACAUCCCAUUAACACGUUCCGUACCGACUGACGAUAACCUAUCAUGUGUCCUACCGACACAUCCGAAGUGCCUU